AUGGGCAGACCCUUUGUACUACGUUUAAAUAGUAUACUACAAUACACUUGUAAAGAAUGUGGAAUGCCACUCAGCUCGCAAGAGUUCCUUAUUAGCACACAUUUUAGAGGAAAAAUAAGCAAUGCAUGUAUAUUUAGUCAAGUUUACAAUGUAUCAGAAGGACCUGCUGAAGAUAGACUAAUGAAUACUGGUCUGUAUUCCAUUGUAGAUAUAUAUUGUAAUGAUUGUGGGACAAUACUAGGGUGGAAAUAUGAAGUAGCUUACCAAGAGAGUCAACAAUAUAAAAUUGGCAAAUAUAUCUUAGAAAGGUCAUUAUUGAUGUCUAAUCAGAUCCAUGAUAACUCAAAAUUAUAUCCAGGUUCUUAA